CAUUUUGUUCUCUUCCUUGAAUCCAAAACAGAUAGGAGGGAAGAUUUUUUUCCCUCCGCAAGGCACUUUAAAAAGUAAUACCUCAGUCUUCCAGGUACUCUGACAUGAGGAAGGCUGACCAUGGUGAAACAGAUACAGUGUGGAGUUAGGGAUCCCAGAAGCUUCUGAAUGCUUCAUAUGUCUCUGUUUGACAUUGGCUCAAAGGGAUGGAAUUAGUAGACAAAGCUACUUCUUCCCCACCCCCUCUUAUCUGCAGGGGAGGGAUCAGUUCUCAGCUGGCCAGGCCAGUGUCACUGAUACAGCUGGUGUCAUCGUUACCUUCCACUGACAGAUCACUCGACACCUACCGACCCAGGCAGGGUUGGGUCUGAGUAGAGGUAUGGACGCUUAUUGUCCCAGAACCCUAGAUGAAGCCAUGAGGCAAGGCACUGCAGAAAUGCAAUGAUCAUUAAGCAACCUAAGGCUAGAUUGCUUCCUGCCUCUCAUUCCUCUCACAGCUCCUUGGUUGUUGCUGCUUUGCUCCACAUUUCUGUCCUGGCAGGUAGGAGUUCAUCGUUGGCUGGGAGCUGAGACAGAACCAAGAUGCUAUACAAAGCAAGGACACCUGGAGUGGCCCCAAAGUGAGGACCCAGGACAGAAGAUUGGCUCCAGGCAUUGGCCUGGACUGGGGAUCUGCCUAGCCUUGCAGUCCUGACUGGCUGCACUCUGGUGUGUCCCCUACAACAUCAUGCUGCAGCAGAUCCUGCACGACAUGUACAUCGACCCUGAGCUUCUGGCUGAGCUCAGUGAUGUACAAAAGCACAUCCUCUUCUACAAGAUGAGAGAGGAGCAGCUUCGGCGCUGGAGGGAGCGGGAGGCAUGGGACACCCUGGCCCAGGCAGAAGGCCUCAGGCCUGCGAAGGUCAAGCGAGGUAUGUGGCUUUUUGCAGCAAGCAACAAGCACAUCCAGUGGCUGCUGGGAGCCGAUGGCGAGGUCUGGGUGUGGGUCAUGGGUGAAGGCCCUGGUGACAAGCCCUAUGAAGAGAUCUCUGAGGAGCUGAUUGCAGAGAGAGCACGGCUGCAAGCACAGAGAGAGGCUGAGGAGCUCUGGAGACAGAAGGAAGCAGAGAUCACCAAGAAGUUCCGGGAUGCCUUGGCCAAUGAGAAAGCCCGGAUCCUAGCAGAGAGGUGGAAAGUGGAGAUGGAGGACCGCAAAGCUGCCAAAAUCCUGGAGGAACGUAUACAUGAGGAAUUCAAGAGGAAAGAGGAAGAAGAGAGGAGGCGAGGAGAAGAACAGAUUCGCCUCCAGGAGGAGCAGAGAGCCAAGGAACUCUAUUGGACCCUGAAGCAGGCCCAGAUGCACUGCCAAGCCAGCGAGAGGGAGGAGCGCGAGUGGGAGGAACACUUGCGCAGAAUCAAGGCAGCUGAUGAAGAGAGGAGCCGUCGUGCCCAGCGAGCCCGGGAUGAGUACCGGCGCCACUCACUCCGUGCCAUCCAGAAGGGCACUGUUGCUGGCCUAAGCACCAUGUUUCAAGAACUUGGCCAGAACCAUGAGCAGGAGGCAAGGCUCCAUCAACUUCCAUGCACGAGCCCACCAUCAUCCCUUACAGGACCUGACAGCAGGUCCUGGGAGCGUCCUCUGCGUCCACUCUCCAGAGAAGUCAUCGUGCGCUGGUUCAAGGAGGAACAGCUGCCUCGCCGAGCUGGUUUCGAGAGGAACACCAAGUCCAUUGCUCCCUGGUUCCACGGAAUUAUUAGCCGAGAGAAUGCAGAAGACCUGUUGGAGAGUAUGACCGAGGGAGCAUUUCUGGUCCGGGUCAGUGAGAAGAUCUGGGGUUACACCCUGUCCUACCGCCUACAGAGGGGCUUCAAGCACUUCCUUGUGGAUGCCUCUGGGGACUUCUACAGUUUUCUGGGAGUGGACCCUAAUCGCCAUGCCACCCUCACGGAUCUCAUUGAUUUCCACAAGGAGGAAAUAAUCACUGUUUCAGGGGGAGAGUUGCUGCAGGAACCUUGCGGACAGAGGGAUAGCCCACCAGACUAUCACCUGUUGUUUGAAUGAUGUUUUUCCUCUUCCUCUUUGGAAGAAAGAGGAACUAUCCCGAACUUGAACUGAGCUUAAGAAUAUCCCCACUGAAAGCCUCAUGGCCUUCUAGAAGAUCCAUCAUUCUUCAGAUGAACAAUGGUAUUAGUGAGUCUCCAGAAUGUUACACAAUAUGACUGGUCCCAUUUAUGAGACUGGUCCCAUUCCAAAGCUCAAGACAGAAACCUGAAAUAACUGAUGCUCCUGGAAGCCUGUCUGUCAUGGCUAUUCUAAGCCAAACUUCUCGAGUGAAUGGAUUAUGUUUUACUAACCCAAAACAAUUCCAGUGCCGAACUUUACAUUUAAUAUAGGUUUAUUUGUUGAGUGAAUGCUCUUCAGAAAAAACACCCAACAUCAAUGUGCAAUGGUUUCUAGCAAAUUAUUUUCUAUACCGCAUCAUAA